AUGUCCGCCUCCUUCCCACUUCUAAAACUUCCGGGACUUCCCUGCAAACUGGUGUUCCAACUACUUGAUGCUGUUGAUUUAGCUCAACUCUCCAUGGGAUUCCGGUGUGUCAAGAGAUUCCUGACCGCCUACAAAACCCACCACGCGGCUCAACUAACCUGGACAUUCAAUGACUACAAGGCGUUUCCAGGAAUGCUGACGUAUCAGAGAAGCACUCCGUUUUACACCUACAUGAGUCUUACUGUAUCUUUUAACGGCACCACUCAUCUUAAGUACUAUUUUAUCGGAAACAACGAUAGAUUCAGAGCUGGAGGUCCGGUCCAGACGGUGCCUGGGGAGUGGCCGCUACCUAUUAAGCAAUUUAGGCAAUUACCAAAUGAAUUCAUGAUGUCUGGAAGGCAGAAUCUUCUGGAAGCAAAUCCUGAAGGACUUGAUAUGGAGGUGAUGGAGAAGUUGACUAAGCACUUCUCUGAUAUAUUCGAAAUCGAUGGAUACAAUCUGAAUUAUAAGAGAAUCCAUGAUUUUGAUAUUUUCAAGUCAUUUAUCUGGAAUUUUACUCAAAAAUUCGAUACUUUUUCCAUGAGCAAUUUGGAAAUUAAUAAGGAAAACGGAAGAUUUUUGUUGGAAAAUUUGGAAAUCGACAAUUUAUCUCUGUACGCCGUCAAUAUUAAUAAUUUCAAUGAAAUCACAACUGUGAAUAUGAAUCAAUCAAAAAUAGAGAUCCAUGACUGCAAGUGGCUCUCUAUAAAUGCUAUAAUUGAAGCUCAUAACUCUAAACUAGUUGAUAUAGAGAUCAUGGACAUUUCGAACGUGAAUCAGCUAGUCAAACUAGUCACUCUUUGGAAAAAUGGACAAAAAUUGAGGAAUCUGGAGAAGUUGAAAAUCCACUGGACAGAGUGCAGUGGAAUCGAAUCGGAGAGUUUGAGACAGUUUGAGGAGAAGAUGGACGAUUUGGGUGUAAGAUUCGAUGCAUCGAGGUAUCAAGUCGAACGAGUCACUGAUGGAAAAAUCGCUUUGUUAGGUUUUGAUCUUGGGAGCCAAUUUGAAAUGGUUCUGCAGAAGGUGGAGAAGAAAGAAGAAGAUGGGGAUCAUGGGAAUGAUGAUUCAGAAGCAGAGGAUGAGGGAGAUGAAGAAGGAGAUAAUGAAUCUGACAUUGAGGAUGAAGAUGAUGAGGAGUAA